AAAAGCUCCAACGCUCCAAAUUCGACAACAAAAACUUCGCAAUUAUUGGACGUGUGAAAGAUAAAUUUGGGGAUACCAGCUUGUGAAACAAGUUUGUCGAUGUCGGUGUCCAAUAUAAAAAAUAAACAUCUAACAACAGCAGCGGCAGUGAUCACUUUGGAGCGCAAAAUAAGCAAAACAAAAGUAGAACGAGAAGCAAACAAACAAGCUAGAACUCUCGUGAAGAGCUUGGCGAAUUACAGAAGCACCAGACGCGGACAAAACAAUCUGGAGCGGCAGAAAAAAGCAAAGAGCAGGCAGAGAAAUCAGUCAGUCAGAACACAGCAGCGCAGUGCAACGGAACAAUUGGCAGCCCAUUGGAGCUAUAAAGGGCGUGAAUUAUAAAGAUCAAGUUAAGCAAAAAAAAAGAAAUAAUCAUAUAAACAUACAUAAAAUUGCAGUUUUGUGAAAAAGCGAUAAUACAUUGUUUAAAAUCUUCAUACAUUUUAAGUGAGAAAAGCUAAACACAAAUACAAAAGGUGAAUAAUCCUUGAGAAGAUGGAAAGGACAGUGGCCUAUCGAAGGUGACGCGGCAGAAAUACAACACCGUCAGCGCUUUGACGACGGCGACUACGACAACUUCGGCAGCAUUGCAGGCAUUUGAAGCAGCUGGACUUCACAUGCUUGAUUCUGUUAUACAUAUGUAUAUACAUUUGUAUGUAUGCCUUUUGUGUGUGACGUUAUUUAACAACAAAAUACAUUACUAUUAUCAACGUGAAUAAAAGUGGUUAAAAAUUAAAGUACUGAAUUUGGAAUAAAUGAGUUAAAGGAAGUGCCGUACAAUAUUCGUUGGGUUUAAAGCCUGUUAAAAGCAAGGAUUCACUCACUGAGACACUUCAUCAGAUCGGCUGUUUUUGUGCUAAGGAACACGUAGGCACGUUUAAAUCCCAGACAAAACUACUCAACUACCCACUUUCCGCAUCAGCAGACAGCGAGCAUCAGAGGUGAAAAGGACAUUAGCGACACUGUAUACCUAAGUAGGUACAUCAAAGGUUGUCGUAACAAGAACAUAGUCGUUGAGCGGAUGGAAUAAAUUAUGAUCAGUGUCAUCGUAUUUUUAAUAGUAUUAUAGAAUUCAAAGUCUUUAAUUUUGGAAUAUAUAUACCUAUUUCUUUAUAUUGACGUCAGCAGAGUGGCGAGGUGGUAAACUUGUGAAGAAAAACGAAAGGCAUAACAACAGUGGACAAUUUUAGUCAAAACAGAUAUAUAUAUAUAUAUAUAUAUAUAUAUGUACAUAUGGCCAGUAGCAAAUUCACAGAAUUGAUGCAUAAAUAAGAAAAAAAAACGACGGAAAUCAAUGUGGAAGAGAUAAGAAAAUACACAGAUCAUAAAAAAAAUAAUAAACAACUACGAUAUUUAGUAGUAAAUCUUAGAACAGCCGAAAACUCAUCGAAGAAAUUAACAUUAAAAACAUAAAUUAAAUUCACAGUGUCAUAAAAGAGUGUUCAUUUAAUUCUACAACAUCAUACGACUGAUAGCGAGCAACAAAUGAGCUUCUUAUGAACAAAAAAGUAUUUUCACUAGCACUUUAAUUUUAUAAAAAUCAUACAGUUGCUGUAAUAAAACACACAAACAAGCAAGAUGCGGUUAUUUCCGGUGCGUUUGUCGAACAUAACAAAAAUGCUCGAUUUGUACUCGCAAUUCAAUCCGUCGCCGUUGUCAAUAAAACAAUUUAUGGAUUUCGGCCAAAAUGCAUGCGAGAAAAAAUCCUACAUAUUCCUGCGUAAAGAACUGCCCGUACGUUUGGCGAAUAUCAUGAAGGAAAUCGCACUGCUGCCCGAUAAUUUGCUGAAUACACGUUCCGUUAGCCAGGUGAGCUCCUGGUAUGUGCAAAGUUUCGAGGAGGUACUCGAAUUCGAAAAGGCCGAUCCGACACAUAGCAAUUUAGAAAAGUUCUGCAGCACUUUGGUACACAUACGCAAUCGUCAUAGCGAUGUGGUGCAAACCAUGGCGCAGGGUGUCAUCGAAAUGAAAGAGCAUCAAGGCAGCAACGUCGAUUCUGGCAUGGAAUCAUCAAUACAAUACUUUCUCGAUCGUUUGUAUAUGUCACGCAUCAGUAUACGCAUGUUAAUCAAUCAGCAUACUAUACUAUUUGGCCAGUUUACAAAUGACCAGGGUCGUCAUAUCGGUUGUUUAGAUCCUGCCUGCCAGAUCUCUUCAGUAGUGAAGGAUGCCUAUGAAAAUGCACGUUUCCUCUGCGAUCAAUACUAUCUGAUUAGUCCGGAGCUGGAAAUAACGGAACAUAAUCAGCACGGAAAAGCACUUAAUCCCAUACGUACUGUUUAUGUGCCCUCGCAUUUAUACCAUAUGCUUUUCGAGUUAUUCAAGAAUUCGAUGCGUGCCGUUGUUGAGAAUAAUGAUCAAGAUAAAUGUGAAAGGCUCCCGCCUAUUAAGGUGCUGAUAGCGGAGGGCAAAGAGGAUAUAUGCGUAAAGAUCUCUGACCAAGGUGGCGGCAUUCCACGCUCCCAAACCGAUCAGCUGUUCAAGUAUAUGUACAGCACAGCACCACAACCUACAAAAUCUGAUCUCCAUACAGUUCCGUUGGCCGGCUACGGUUAUGGUUUGCCCAUUUCACGUUUAUAUGCGCGUUACUUCCACGGUGAUAUCGUGUUGUUAUCGUGUGAGGGUUACGGAACCGAUGCAAUUAUUUACAUGAAGGCAAUUUCGGAUGAAGCCAACGAACUGUUGCCGAUUUUCAACAAAACGAGCUCCAAAUUUUAUCGCGCCACAGUACCAACUGGCGAUUGGUCGAAUCAGAGUUCUGAUAUGAAUGCACGCCAGAUGAUUGCAUCGUCCCCCAAGCGCUACAAUGACAUGUUAUAGACCGAUGCAAGGAAAGGCGCUGUAGAUCAGCAGCCCGAGCAACCAGAGCAGCUUGCAGAGGAAGAUGAGCCAGUAAACAUUUUGAUAUCACAAACUCAGGAGCCAACGGUGAAUGGCAAAGGCCGAGCGGAGGAAUGAAAGGAAGAAGGUGGUGUGGUUGUUAGGAGUGGUUGAAAAGCAAAUUACUCGUAAAAAUUAUAAUGCGAGGCACUAAAAUAAUACAAUAUUGUUCAAUUUAUCAAAAGCACAGGUCAUAAAUUAUUUCAAUAUACUUAGUGCUAAAUAGUACAUAUAAGAGAACUUUGAUGUUUCGAAAGCGAACAAAAAGAUUUUGCAACAAGUAGUAAUUAGCUAAAUAAAACUACUUUAAUAAAAGACUAGAAAAACAAAAUGCGUUCACUAAAAGUAAAACGGAAACAAAAUUUUGCAACAAGUAGUAAUAAAAACAAAAACAAAUAGAUAUGUAUACGUCACUGUAACUGUAGAAAUAUCAUAAAAUUAGCAACAAGUAGUAAGAAGGAACAAAUAAGAAAAAAAUCAUAAUUACGAGAAAAUUUCCAUUUUCCAUCAAAUGAUGUCGAAUGGCGUUUUUUCGAUGUAUGUACUUAGUUAGAAUUAGAUUGAAUGCAUUUUUAAAGGAGCCAUGGAGGUGUUGCUGUAGUAAGAUAAAAUCUUAAAAAUGUAGUGAACUUCUGCAUUAAAAGUUGGAGAUUGUGAGAGUAAAAUGUGUAAUGACGAACGAAAAUUCACAGAUAGUUAAGACAUAAGACGCUUUCUUCGUCAAAUGAAGCACCUUCUAUCCAAAAUUGGUUCACUUUUAAAUGAUGAGCGGUUUUUUUUUUUAAAUCCCAUAUGUCAG